GCGGUGCGAAGGGGCAUGAUGAUGCGGUGGGGGGCAAUGGCAGGAUGGAUGAAGAUGACGAUACUGGCGGUGGCGAUGGUUGUUGUGGUUGUGAUCAGCAGCGAUGACGGUAUCUUGUAUGGCUCCUCCUCCGAGGAUGAGGGCGUUGUGCUUGCUCAGAAGAAGGUUGCAGCAGGGAAGAAAGCGGAUAAGUCGGAUAGGUCUACUCCAGCCGUCAGCGACAAGGAGAUUGAGAAGCUGAUGAAGAGCAUGAAUGCAAAGAACGGGAAGAAGCGGGAGUCAAGAACCAGGAGAAUCCAAGACAAGAUCCUCUCCACCAAGGCGAAGCUUGCGGAGCUGAAGUUGAAGUCCAGCGAGUCGUUUGCCAAGUGGGAGAAGUUCGACGAGGAGGCGGAGAGCGCCAAGACCAAGGCCAUCUCACUCCAUGAGGUGUACGAGCAGGAGCGGGAGCAGGAGCACAUGCAGGAGCGCAAGCUCGACCGUCUGAAGGACAAGCUCACCAAGCAUCUCACUGGGUUCAACGCUCGCAAUGAUCUGGAGAAGUACUACAAUAAGCUGCAUGUGGAGGCGGCCGAGACGGUGCCAAAAAGCAUCAAGGCAGAAGAUAAGAUGAGUACGUUGAAAGCUGCGGCAUACAGGAAGAGGAUGGAGGCCAAGAAGACGCAGUCUUCCAGCAUCACCAAGGCCAAGACGUCCAAGCUGAGUGAAAUCCCUAACAAGGUGAAUGUGUGGGACACGGAGAAGACUAGGAAAGUCGAGAGGGUUGAAAGAGCUGAGAAGAAGUUGCACGAUAAUGGACUAGAAGCCGACAGAGUUUUGCUCAAGUCGUCCAAGAAGUAGGUGACUGUUUUCCCCAAUUUUUCCCAUUUCACUUUGCUCCCCUCUCACCCCCUCUAGUUUUCUCAAUAAACCAGUGUAAUAGUUC